AGACUCGUACGGAGGGCUUUUCCACUCCCUCCCCUCCUCCUCUCGUAUAUUCGCGAGGUCUCUCACCGUGCUCUCCACUCCAUAGCAGAGUUUAAUCCCAAAAGCCCCAUAACUGCCCUUCUCCUUCCCUCUCUGCUCUCUUGUAAUCCAAAACCAUUGCAAAAAUGAGCCGACAUCCAACUACAAAGUGGGCCCAAAGAUCCGACAAGGUGUAUAUCACCAUUGAACUACCAGAUGCAAAGGAUGUGAAACUGAAUUUGCAACCAGAUGGACACUUUUAUUUCUCUGCAGCUAGCGGAGCAGAUAAUGUACCAUAUGAGAUUGACUUUGAAUUAUUUGACAAGGUUAAUGUGGAGGAGAGCAAAGCUUCUGUUGGAUUGAGGACCAUAUGCUACCUUGUGAAGAAAGCCGAGAAGAAAUGGUGGAGUAGGCUACUGAAGAAGGAGGGGAAGCCUCCAGUGUUUUUGAAGGUUGAUUGGGACAAAUGGAUUGAUGAAGAUGAUGAUACGGAAAAUAGAUUCGGAGAUAUGGACUUUGGUGAUAUGGACUUCUCGAAUUUGGACAUGGGUGGUGCUGACGAUGAGCUUGAUGAUGCUGCUGCUGAUGCCAUUGACAAGGAGGGAGAUGAUGAAAUGGAAGAGUCCAAGGCAGAAGGAAGCAAGGCGGAGGAAGCCUUGGCUGCAGCUACUAGCGAAUCUGAGGCAAAAGCAUGAGGCUUUCCAGCAGCUUGAGAUUCCGUUUAAAGUCCUGUGGGAAACUUUGACAUAUAUGCUAACAUUGUGUUUUUGUUGAUUCGGGUGUAUGUGGGAGGCCGAACCCUCCCUAUGGAGAUACCAGAUUUCCUGUUUCUUUUUUUAGCUUUCUUUCGAGAUAUUAGCAAUGGUUCUGUUUGGAGCGAUAUCAGACUUAACAAAGUUUUAGUAUACGGAUACACUCUUCUUAUA